CAAUUUUUGAGAAUAGCAAAGCCUAUUAUACUCAUUUCAUGCAUUAAAAUACGCAAAAGACAUGAUUCUACCUAGAACUGAAAGAAAACAAAAUUGCCUGAACACUGUAAACAUCAAUCGUUAGCAAUAGAUUCGCCAUCCAUCUACUAAAGGAUCGGUAAGGUCACAGCCAUUGAAAGAUAAUUUUUAACAAUAACUAAGUUUGUCUUUCUUAUUUAAUGCAUUGAAAUACGCAGAAGACAUUAUUCUGCUUUUUAAAGAAGCACAACAAAAUCGCUUUCGCUAUGAACACCUAUCUCUAGCAAUGGAGAUUGGCGCUUAACCGGAAAUAAGACUCGCUACUUCCGGUCUACGUCAGUGGUUUGUUUGUUUAUUUAGGAUAUUUGGUGAAUAUUUUUCAUAAACUCUAAAAUCCAAUUUGGUACCAGCCCACCUUCAGAGGGUGUCUCCCAGCGCAAACGCACCCCCCUCCCUCUCCCGUGUGGAUGUAAACUGCGUUUAACAGAGUUCCUGUAAUUUUCAACUUUUGGGGAACCUUUUUGAAAUGAAGCAGUUAGAUUCCCCCCUCCCCCUUUCACCGUAGCGGCGCCCCUAUAUAUUAAUAUGUUCGUUUUGUUUUUGAAGACUUAAAAAGUGAUAAAAUAUGAGAGAGAAAAAUCCAACAAGAAAUGAGAGGCCUAAAGACCAAUCAAGCCAGUUAUUCGCAUAAUUGCCUAUUUAAUGAAACGAAAGCGCGCACUCUCAUCAAAACCGGGCAAACCCCCUGUCAGCAUCGUUCCCAUCACGCAGUGGCAGAACUUGUUCUGCACAUCAUGAAAGCUUUUCCCUUUUCUACCAAGAGCCAGAAAUCCGUUUUCCCUACCCGGCGAUGAGGAGAAACGACUAAGUCUUUAACAUAAAGAUUUGUCCUGCCCCUAGACGCUUGUGCUUUUAAAGCUUAGCAGAUGCCUCAUGAUGAACUAAUGAACAUGUGCGAUCUACCGCAAAUGGAAAUAUUGUAAUAGUGUAUUUGUGGUUUUGCCCCUAAUAGGAGAUAAUAAUCAGUUUUCUCAUUAUAAUUUCUGUAUUUUCAUUGUUUGUUAGUCAUAAAGUGUUUUUGCGCGUAUUUACUUGCGCAUUUUUGCUAUUUCUAAGACAAACAACGAUGGUUUGCUCGAUGGUUGCUAAUGAAUUAAAAAACAUAUUCAGAGUCAUGACUUUUUGAUAUCGAUGAUGUUCAAAUCCUUUCAAAACUUUUUCAAAAACUGUUGCAAUUAUUUGAAAUAAAAAGAAAAUUCAUAUGACAGCUCUUAAGCAGUUUUUUUUUUUUUUUUUGAGCAAUAAUUUAAUCCUUUUUAAACUUGUGUAUGUUAUUUUAUGAAACAAUUGAUCUGGAUGUAUAAGUUGUGGAGACCUCGGAGAAAUGCAUCAAUUUUCAGCAACUUUCUAUCCUUUCGGAGUAAUAAGGAACAGAGAAAUAUUUGUCUUCCUGAGUACUUAUCAGGAUCUGAUUGUGAAACUGCUGCAGUAAUUCAUGGCAGCUUCCAACUAUAUGAAAAUUUUGUUUCAGAAGUGGAAGAAAUGAAACUUAUUGCUGAAGUUGAUCCUUUCUUAAAAAGACGCCGAUAUGAAAUAGAUCAUUGGGAUGGAGCAAUCACUACCUAUAAGGAGACUGAAAAAAUGGACUGGAACGUUCAAAACAGUGAAGUUCUUCAAAGAGUGAGAGAUAUUGCUUUUACACCUCAGUGUUCACAGAUUAAACAUGUUCAUGUAUUAGACAUAGCCAAACAUGGUUACAUCAAACCACAUGUUGAUAGUAUCAAAUUUUGUGGCGAUACUAUUGCUGGAUUAUCUUUAUUAUCUUCGUCAAUUAUGAGAUUAGCUAAAGAAAAUAACAAAGAAAAAUUUGUUGAUGUUCUACUUUCAAGGAGGUCCUUGUACAUUAUGAAAGGAACUUCUAGGUAUGACUUUACUCAUGAAAUUUUAGAAGAUGCAAAAUCUUACUUCAAAAAUAAGCAUGUUCCCCGAGAUCGAAGAGUAUCUAUAAUUUGCAGAAAUGAACCAAGCUAAUGUAGUUAUUUUUUUAAAUUGUAUAAAUAUUAUAAAUAACUGUUGAGAAAAUAAAAUAACAUGAUUAUAUAUAUAUAUAUACACACACAUAUACAUCAUUAUAGGCAGAUUCAACUGUUAGCUAUA